CAAGUGAUUGAUAAUGGAACUAAGACUAUAAUGGCCUAGAAAGUAGUAUUCCUAUUACGAACGUUUUAUGUAACUGUCGUCUCAUUUCUUAGUGCAUGUAAUUUUAUAAUACAACUUCGAAAUGUUCCGUUCAAAGAAGGAAGUGGAUAAGCAUGUAGCAGAUAUUUUAAAUAAGAUAAACAAUGAAAAUGAAAGAAAUCUUAGAGGAUACAGCUUUGCCAGGUUAUACUACCAAAUUAAAGAUUAUGACAAAGCUAAAAGGUACUUGGCAGGGUUCCUCAGUGUUCGUGAAAAUCACGCAGCAGGUCACAAACUGAUGGGCCAGAUAUGUGAAUCUUGCAGUAACCUGGAGAGAGCACUACAGUCUUUUAAAAAAUCAUUAGAGUUGGAAGAAAACCAAAAGGAUGUUGUAUUAAAGAUCUGUGAACUUUACACAAAACUACCAGUUGAUCCUGAAACAGCUCGGUAUUGGGCUGACCGUGCAGAACGCCUUUUUCCUCACCAUGAAGUUGUGUUCUCUUUAAGAGAAUGUAUAGUCACAGCUGAAGGAGAGCCCAACAUGCAAGAAUUAGAAGAUUUGAUAGCUUCAGAACUGGCAGCACGUCCAAGAGAUGUAAACUUGAGAAUAAAAUUGUUGAAACUCUAUAUGGAUACAGAAAGAGUUCAAGAUGCAUACAGUCAUGCAACAAAGGUGGAAAGCAAAUGCCCCUUUCCAACAAAUGUGACUUGGUAUUACUUUCUAUCUGAUGUGUUUGAGACUUACCUGGGAGAGAUGGGUAACAGAGUAGACAUAGACUUUCAUAUCAACUAUCUUGCUGUUUUGGAGCAUUUGGUUGCCCUUACACUGGCUGAGCCCCAUAUCUUAGAUUGUAUCACCAUUGAAGACUGUAACAAUAGACAGUUGCACAGUGUCGGAGAUGUGGCUUCAGCUUUUGAUAUGUUUGAUCAGGAACUAGAUCGUGCAUGGAAGAUAUCGGGCCCUAGUGAUGGUUCUUGGAAUUAUGUUUUACAUCAUAUGAGUGGACAGCUUUAUUUCCAUUUAGGCACCUUACUCUUGAAACGAGCAAAAAAGGAACAGGGAAACUGGAAAGAAGCAUGUCGUACCAGUGCUGCUCUGUAUCUUACGGCAUACACUUUUAAACCAGGAAGCCUAGUUCAGCAAAUGUGGUUUAUGCAGCUGGGGAAUAAACAGAAAUUGUUCACAAGGUUUUAUCAGCAAGGUUUAAUGCGUCUAAGUGUAACAGGCCAUGUUUUGAUGGCAUUAUGUAAAGAUGAAAAGACUAAGUGGUUACAGAAGAUAAAGCAAGAAGUAUGUGUUAGUCAUGUCAGAGAGCGUAUAUUUCAGAGACUUUUUCCAAGUGUUACAUCCAGAAAAUCUGCUACUUCAUGUACAUCAUACUUUUUGAAAGACCAGGCAUUUCUGGAAAAUAGUCUUGAAUUUCCAACUUGGGAGGCACUGGAAGAAUAUGACAAAGUUGCAAGUAAACUCCAACCAGAAUUGUUACAUCAUCUCAUUUGGCUUGCUUUACAUUAUCAAAGUUAUGGAGAAGAUCAGCAGAAAAAAGAUCCCAAGUACAAGUUUGAGGUGUUUGAUGGACUGAAAUAUUCUAGCCCUACACUAAAUUCUGGAGCACCUGAAUCAUUAUCAUUGCUAGAUGUACAGGCUUUCCUUCAUGCCACUGUCUACACAGCCAACUUAGCACUUGAGCAACGUAGAGCACUGAUCCAUCACAAAGCAGCUGAUGCUCCUUUGUGUGUACCUUCUUAUAUUGCAGAUCCUCUGUGUACCAAUGAGCAAGCCAAUUGGUGGAAAGCAACAUAUAAACUGUAUGCUAAUAUUGCAAAAGAAAAGCUGGGAGAGUUAAGACGUACAUUACAAAGAGGGUUAGAAGUGAUUCGUGGAGUAGGAAAUCAUGGCAUGGAUGUGUCGCUUGUUGUACACCUAGCUCGCUUAUUUGCAGACCAGGCUUCAGAGCUACGGUCUAAUAUCACAAGUGAUGAUGCAAAUACAGAAAAAAUUCUAGACAUUGAAGCUCGUGCAUCUCAUUAUUGGACUGUAGCUUUAUCUAUGUUAGACAAGUUAGUAGUAAACCAGACUUUGAGAACACCUAAAGAUCGUUUGUUUCCAAGUUAUGGAAAUGAACCUUCCAGUGAAGAAGUCUCAGCUCUCCAGGAAGAAGGCAGGUUGUUCCUAGCCUGUAGAGCCAUGAAUGAUGGCCACUAUAAUGAAGCUGCUGAAGCAUUCAGCUCUCUGAAGUCAGCGUAUGCCUCAUUUUACUUAGCACAGUCAUUAAAGAAAUUAUCUGAACAAGAACUAGGAUGUUCAUCAAGACAAAAUGUCUCAAUCACAAUAUGGAACAACUACAUUUCUCUACUGAACCGUACUCGAGAUGCACUCUACUUAACAAUGGACCGAAUUCGUGGUGAUAGAUAUCAUUCAUUAAAUGCAGAGCUUGACAUAAUGCUUGAAGAAGUAGAGAAUAAGCUCAGUGCAGCUAACAGAAGCACACAUUCUGAAGAGAACCAGAAUGGAGAAGAAGAUGGAGCAUUGUCAGAAAGCUCUGACAGUCAGGAUAAGCAGCCACAAGAGAGCACUAAUAUAUCUAGACCAUGGCAAAGUACUCCUCAGAAAGUGAGAGGUAUAUUAAAGGAAAAGUCAGAAAGAAGCAACCUGAAUUUGAGUGCUGAGCAUAGAGAGUAUGUAAGACCCAGCCCAGAACGCCUUGAUGCUCAGAUUCGUGCCAUGGCUCGAACUCAGAAUGUAUUAAUUCAAACACUUCUAGACCAACAGCAGGAAGUGGUAAAAACUAACCAUGCGAUUGUGGAAGAGUUGAAAUUAAACAGAACAGUUAUUGAAGAAUUAAAGGAACAACUCAAAGGUCUUCAUUUGGUUGCCAAGUACUGGCCUAAGCGAAGGUUCUCCUCCAAGUCUAGUGCUGGCCAAGCAAAGGAAGGAGAAAGUGAAGAAGAAGAAGGAGAAAAAGAUCUUGAUGAGUAUGAAGAAAAUAACUAUCUCUCAUACUACCCAGAGUCUUUAGCUACUCAUGAUUUUAGAAACACUUUUGGUUAUGGACCACCAUCAAUGGUGACUGGCCCUUCUGGUGUUAACUAUUAUCAGCAUAGUCAAGACUUGUCAAUCAAUCAGUACCAUUAUCCACCUCCAGCAGGACCACCAUCCCUUCACACUCCAAAAUAUUUUCCACCUCCACUUGCUGCUUCAGGUCUUCCAUUUAGUGAAGGGCAACAGCUUCCACAGUUCUCCUUUCCUCCUCCUCCUCCUAAUGCAGCUUCCCUCAGUGCUGGGCUAAGUAGGGCACCUGUAUUUGGCUGUCUGGGACAUGAACCUGCUGCACCACUCCCUCCUGGACCUAUGGUGCCACCUCCUCCUGGUCCACCACCUAUGUUUAAUGUUGCUCAGCCUUUAAGGGAUGCACCACAUGCUUUCCAGAUACCAUUACCAUCAACUGUGACAGCAGUGGCUCAAUCCAUUACACUGUCAGGAGUCACUUUUACGCCUUCAGUUCUUUCUUCUACUUCAGAACUGUUCUCCUCUUCAACACCUUCACAACUUCAGAUGUUGCUAAACAAGCCUCCUGUACUCUCCACUCAGAUACCAGGUUCUCUAAGUAACAGUUUCAGAUUUGAUGAAAGAGAGCAGGCUGCAUCUGCUUUGUACAAACAGUCAAAAGUAAUCAGCUCACCAAUUUCUCCUGAUAAAGAUAAAAGCUUAGAAGGUGGCAGAGAAAGUGUUGGCUCAGAUGAAGGAGAUCACAGUUUUGGUGGAGACUUUAAACCUUUGAUUCCUCUCCCUGAUGAAGUUCCUGUUCAGACUGGAGAAGAGGAUGAAAAGGUACUAUUUGAGAACAGAGCAAAACUCUUUCGAUUUGUUGACAAAGAAUGGAAAGAGAGAGGAGUUGGAACAGUUAAGCUUUUACUUAAUGAGAUUUCAGGGAAAGUUCGUUUACUGAUGAGAAGAGACCAGAUUUUGAAAAUUUGUGCCAACCAUUAUAUUUUCCCUGAAAUGGAUCUGAAACUAAUGAAAGGGAGUGAUCGUGCAUGGGUUUGGUGUGCGCAAGAUUUUGCCGAUGAAGAAAUAAAGGCAGAACAGUUCUGUAUACGGUUCAAGAGUGUAGAAAUAGCUGAAGAUUUUAAGAAUGCUUUUGAGAAAUCAGUUGAAAUAGUUAAGAAUCAUACACAAAAAAAUCAAGAACCUGCAACAGAAAUAGCUAAGGAGCCAAAAAGUGUAAACUUUGUAGAAGAGAAAAAAAUAUUAAAAGAUAUAAAAUGUGUACCUGAAAAUGAAUUGUCUUCUGUUGGGUUUGGAGACAAGUUCAAACUUCAGCCUGGAAAUUGGAUCUGUGAUGUAUGUUUGGUGAAUAAUCCAGCAGAAAAAAACAAAUGUCAAGCUUGUGAUUCUCCCAAACCUGGAGCACAGUUGUCAAGUUCUGAAGAAAAAUCUUCUUCACUGUCUAAAUUUACUUUUGGCAUUACUCCUCAAUCAUCAGGAUCUGGGUUUGGAGCCUUGUUUGCAGAGAAACAGGGUAACAAACCUGAAGAAGCCUCCUUCCAUUUUGGAAUACCUGGAAGUGGUUUUUCCUCAAGUUCUAGAACCAAUGUAAGUGGAGAAAUAGUAAAAGGAGCUUUAGGAUUUCCUUUAGUAGAAAAUGUAACACAAGAUCAGGAAAUUCCAAAGGCUUCUGCAGAUACAUCAUCAUCUUCCCAGUUUGGCUCUGCUUCUUUCAUGUUAAAUCAGAUGGCUUCAAGGCAAAAAGAAGAUAACAAGCAGAGGAGUAAUGUGUUUGGUGGUUUUUCUUUCACCAAUACACCUGUCAUUCAGGAUAGUAAUCAGAUUCAAGAUCACCAAAUCAAACAAAUUGGAGUUAAAAGCAAGGAAAUACCUCAGAAGACAGAGGCACAAACUAAAAGCAGCCCCUUUGCUCAGUUUUCUUUUAAACUGGGCUCUGUUAAUCAACCAAGUUUUGAUUUUUUGGGGGAAAAGAAAGAAAGAAAUGUAACUAUAAAAGAAACAGAAGUAGAAGCAGAUGAUAACCACUUAUUUGGUUCUGACAAGGAAGUCAGCACAUUAACUUUUUCUGCUUUAUCCACCACUAAAUCUCCAGAAGAAAUUUUUGGUCAAGACAGUAAUUUUAAAGGCUUUCCUGGAAGCGGAGUGCCUGUCUUUGGUUCCCCAUCUACUAAGGAGAAAUCUAAUACUAGUGGAAGUGAAGUCCUGGAAGAAUACGAGCCAAAUGUAGAAUUCAAGCCAGUUAUUCCCUUACCUGAAUUAGUGGAACUUCAAACUGGUGAAGAACAGGAAGAAAAGUUGUUCUGUGAGCGUGCAAAACUCUUCCGGUAUGCACCUGAUGUGAAACAGUGGAAGGAAAGAGGGAUUGGUGAAUUAAAAAUCCUUCGUCAUCAGCACACAGGUAAAUGCCGAAUCUUAAUGCGUCGAGAACAGGUACUCAAAUUGUGUGCCAACCAUUACAUUGUUCCAGGAAUGACUCUGUCACCAUUGUCAUCUAGCGAUCGUGCAUGGGUUUGGUCAGCCAAAGAUUAUUCUGAAGGUGAGCUGAAACAAGAACAACUAGCUGUUAAAUUCAAAGCAUUUGACAUUGCCAAUGAAUUUCGUAGAGUUUUUGAAAAGUGCCAAACAGAAGCUCAGAAGUCAGAACAGUGUCCAGCAGGAAUAGCUAACUCAUCCAUGACAUCUUUCAUAAAAGCAUCUGACUCUAGUAAGGUUUUAGAACAUACAACUUCCAGUCAAUCCACUCAGCUCUCUUUAACAGAAAUGUUUAAACCAAAACCAGGAUCUUGGGAGUGUAAUGUUUGUUAUGUUCGUAACAAUGGAGAUGAUACAUCCUGUCAGGCUUGUGCAACAUUUCGUCCUGGGUUUGAUGGUACAUUAAAAGUUGCGAGUGAUAUUCCUAAAAACAGUGCACCUGGUUUCAAGUUCAGCUUUUCAGUUGAUAUUGGAAAACAACAUAGUGUAGUGUCAGAAAGUCAAAAACUAGACAAAUUUCAGUUCAAAGUUGUUCCUCAAGAUGAAGGUACUUCAGACUUCAAGAAACCACAGAAUUCUAUAUUUGGAACUAUUGCAAACUCUUCUUCUUCUGGCUCAUUUGGUAGCUUUGUUUUUGGUGGACAAACAUCAUCACCCAAGUUUUCUUUGACUUCUGACCAGAAAUCAGAUUCCAGAUUUGUCUUUGGUUCGACUCCUUCAAAAUCCAGUUACAUGUUUGGCUCCUCCUCUGCAGGUAUGGCUUUUGGAAGUACUAAACCACUUUUUGUUCUAGGCAGUGAUGAUGAUGCAACUUCAAGGCUAUCAACCCCAGUUUCAGAAACAGAUGUAGAAGAUUCACAUGGACAUCCAACUAGUGAACUCAAAAUGUCACUUACUAAAGAUAAUACCCAAGAAAUGGCUGUAACGUCUGACCUUACAGCAAUUACAAGUGUCAGCUCUUUGUCUUCAACUCCUGCUGCACCCAUUUUCACAUUUGGAACCCCUACCAGUGGGCAAGAUGAUACAGUACAGUUCAGGUUUGGAAGCCCUCAAAAGCAUGAGUUUACUUUCAGUGGAAUCAGACCAAGAAGUCCUUCUAAAACCCCAAAUUCUCCUGGAACUCCAACAGAUAUAGCAAGUAGAGGAGCUGAAGAAGAGGAAGAAGUAGAACCAUCAGAAGCAGACAAUGUUUAUUUCCACCCUGUCAUUCCUUUGCCGCCAAAAGUUGAGGUUAAAACUGGAGAGGAAGGAGAAGAGGUUUUGUACUCUCAACGUGCCAAAUUAUAUAUGUUUGUUCAAGGAGAAUGGAAAGAACGAGGCAUUGGAGAUGUGAAACUUUUGCUCAACUCUUCCACUAAUCAGAUUCGUCUUUUGAUGCGUAGAGAUCAGGUUUUAAAGGUGUGCCUCAACCACAAUGUUACAUCUGAUAUCAAGUUCAAUAAGAAAGAUGAUCGGUCAUGGACAUGGGGAGCAACAGACUUCUCAGAAGGUGAACCUAAUCCAGCACGCUUUGCCAUACGUUUUAAAUCAGAAGCAGUUUCUCAGCAAUUUAAGGCAGCUGUAGAUGAUGCUCAGAAACAACUGUCCAAUGGCCAGGUGAAGAGCAAACAACAUUCUACACCUCCAGACACACUCACAGAGAAACCCGUCUCUACACCCUCCCCAUUGUCUACAUUCUCUUUCCGACUUGAUAAACAAACUACACCAUCUACUAAAGGAUUUUCUUUGGCGGAUAAGUUUGGUAUCCCUCCAUCUAGCACUUCAAGAAACCUGUUUGGAAAUGUUUUGCCAAAAGCACCAGACAGGGAUGACCAAAGUGAUGAUGGCAUAAUUAUUUUAAAAGCAAAACAAGCAAGUGAUGAAAAAAGAGCAAGAGCUCAACAACUGAAAUUGCCUCCUAAUUUUUACCUCUAUGAAGAAAAGUCACCGUGUCCAGGUUGUCGUGGAUGUGACAAAGAAGAAGAAUUUGAACAAAUUAAGGAAGAGCCUGUGCUAAUAACAUAUGAAAAGAAACCUACAAAGGAUCAAAUUCAACUAGCAGAGAAAUUGAAACUACCUCCAACAUUUUUUAUGUAUGAAGACAAGCCACCCUGCCCAGGAUGUAGAGGGUGUAUUGAUAAUGAAAAUCAAGAGGAAACUGAUACAGUUCAGUCUGAUGUAAAGUCAAGAGCAGUUACUAGUAAAUCCCCAAUCACCUCCUCUGUUAUUAGUGAUAAUGAGCAAGCCUUAACUGUAUUUUCUUCUGAAAGAAAAGACGAAAAAAUACAAGAGACUUCAGAAGCAGCUACGUCAUCUAGCCAGACAAAAAGUACUUUCUUAAGCACUGAUUCAUCUGUUUUUGGUGCUAACUUGGUUACAUCUAACUUCUCAUUUGAAGCCUUAGCAGCACAAUCUUCUACAUCUAACAGUGCUGCUGGAUCUGCUCUAAAAACUAAAGGAGAUAACUGUUUUGCAUUUACUGGAGCUGGGAAACCAUUGUUUGUUGAUGUAAAAAAUCAGGAUUUUGCAGCUGGAAGUGAACAAAGUGAUACACAGGUUGUGCCAAGUCAAGAAAUCCAUUUUGAGCCUGUGAUCCCACUUCCUGAAUUAGUGGAAACCAAAACUGGGGAAGAAGAAGAGUUGCCAGUGUUCUGCCACCGAGCUAAGCUUUACAGAUUUGACAAAAAUGUCCAGCAGUGGAAGGAGAGGGGUGUGGGAGAUUUCAAAAUACUUAAACACAAAAAUCAGUGUCGAUUCAGACUUAUCUUACGUCGACAGCAGGUCCACAAAAUAGCCUGUAAUCACUAUAUUACUGCUGAUAUGAAGUUGAAACCCAUGCCCACUACUGAAAAUGCAGUUUGCUGGACAGCUGUAGAUUUUGCAGAAGAACAGUCAGUGUCAGAACUUUUAGCUGUUCGAUUUAAGACAAAAGAGUUAGUAGAAGAGUUCAAGGAGAAGUUUGAAGAAUGUAGAAAAGCUGUUGAAAUGAAAACAGGUGAUACAAAAGAGUCUCUACCAGAAUCAGGUCAUCAGUCAGAACAAAUUACUUCUACAAAAACAAAUAAAGAAGCACUUGAGGAUACCUCAAAAUGUGAAACCAUCAUUUUAAAGAAGUUGGUUGGAAAGAUCAACAAUAAUGCUGAAGGUGAAACGGAAGGAAAUAUCAUCUCAGAAAAAACAGGCAAGCAAAUGGCAGUCCAGGCAGAAAAUUGGGAAAAAAUUCCACCCAAGGAUCUAAAUGAGCCUGUGCUAAUAACAUAUGAAAAGAAACCUACAAAGGAUCAAAUUCAACUAGCAGAGAAAUUGAAACUACCUCCAACUUUUUUUAUGUAUGAAGACAAGCCACCCUGCCCAGGAUGUAGAGGGUGUAUUGAUAAUGAAAGUCUAGGGGAAGCUGGUGCACUUCAGUGUGCUAUAAAGUCAAGUGCAGUUACUACUGAAUCUUCUAUCACCUCUUCUAGUAUUAGUGAUGUAAAACUAGACUUAACAGUUUCUUCUGAAAGUAAAGGUGAAUGUAUAACAGACACUUCAAGAGCAGCUACAUCACCUUGCCAGACGAUAAGUACUUCCUUAAGCACUGAUUCAUCUGUUUUUGGUGCUAAUUUGGAUACAUCUAACUUCUCAUUUGAAGCCUUAGCAGCACGGUCUUCUACAUUUAACAGUACUGCUGGAUCAUCUCCCAUGAAAAGUAAAGAAAACUCUUUUGUGUUUGCUGGAGCUGGGAAACCACUUUUUGGUGGUGUAAAAUGUCAGGAUCCUGUAGCUGGGAGUGAACAAGAUGAUACACAGGUUGUGCCAAGUCAAGAAAUUCAUUUUGAGCCUGUGAUCCCACUUCCUGAAUUAGUGGAAACCAAAACUGGGGAAGAAGAAGAGUUGCCAGUGUUCUGCCACCGAGCUAAGCUUUACAGAUUUGACAAAAAUGUCCAGCAGUGGAAGGAGAGGGGUGUGGGAGAUUUCAAAAUACUUAAACACAAAAAUCAGUGUCGAUUUCGACUUCUCUUACGUCGACAACAGGUCCACAAAAUAGCCUGUAAUCACUAUAUUACUGCUGAUAUGAAGUUGAAACCCAUGCCCACUACUGAAAAUGCAGUUUGCUGGACAGCUGUAGAUUUUGCAGAAGAACAACCAGUGUCAGAAUUUUUAGCUGUUCGAUUUAAGACAAAAGAGUUAGUAGAAGAGUUCAAGGAAAAGUUUGAAGAAUGUAGAAAAGCUGUUGAAAUAAAAGCAAGUGAUAAAGAAGAGUCUGUGUCAGAAUCUGUUCAUCAGUCAGACCAAAGUACUACAAAUACAAACAAAGAAACACUUGAGGAUUCAUCAUCAAAAUGUGAAACCAUAGAUCUUAAGGAGCUCAUUGAAGGAAAUAAUGAUGGGGAAGAAGAAGAAGAAGAAGAUGUCAUGUUUGAGAAGAGAAUCAGCUUCUUCAUUUUUGAUCAAGAAAUCAAUAAUUAUAAGUUUUUGGGUGUGGGUCCACUGAGAGUUCUCUAUGAUGAUUCUGUGUUUGGAGCAAGAGUACAGAUGCAUAGUGACCAAGGAGAUUUACUGUGUGACCAUAUCAUAGCUGCACAGACAACCCUGCAAUCUCAACAAAGAGAAGCUCAUUGGGUUGCUGUGAAUACAAGUGUGGAUCCUGCUAUUGAACAACAGUAUAAAGCUGUCUUUAGUUCUUCAAAUUCACUUCAAGAUUUUUGUACUGUUUUUCAGGAGGGCAAGCAAAUGGCAGCCCAGGCAGAAAUUUCAGAAAAUUGUGAGGAAAUUUCACCUGAGAAUCUCAAUGAUCAAGUUUAUCAGUUAGAACCAAGCAUUCCUAUUGUACCAGGUAAAGAAUCAACUUCACAAUAUGACAGUGUUACUUGUGAGGAUGUCCAGAAUCUUGCUGAAGGGAACAAUUAUGGUGGUGAAGAAGAAGAAGAAGAUGACAUCAUGUUUGAAGAAAGCAUUAGCUUCUCAGUCUAUGAUCAGGAGACCAGAGAUUUUAAGUUGUUAGGUGUUGGUCCACUUCGAGUCCUUUAUGAUGAUUCUGUCUUUGGAGCGAGGGUACAGAUGCAUAGUGACCAAGGAGAUUUAUUGUGUGACCACAUCAUAGCUGUACAGACAUGUCUGCGGUCUGAACAAACAAAAGCUUUUUGGGCUGCCAUAGACAUGAGUAUGGAUCCUCCUAUAAAACGACAGUACAGAGCAGUUUUUAGUUCUCUUAAUUCCCUUCAAGAUUUUUGUACUGUUUUUGAGGAGGGGAAGCAACUGGCAGUGCAGGCAGAAAUUUUAGAAAAAGAUGAGGGAACUUUAACUAGUAACUUACAAGGUGAAACAGGUAGCUCAGAAGUCCAGCCAAAAGAAAAAGAAACAUAGAAUAAACAACAAAUUUUUUCGACCAAUUUCCAGAUUCUUAUAAACUGAUACUGUGAUACAGGACCAUUCAGAGAUGAUGAUAAUGAAUAAAUAAAGCAGUUUAAUUGUUUCAAAGUUGAACUCUUAACAAAUUAUGCACUUGAAAUUGUAAAGUAUACUUUGAUCAAGUUGAAACUACUAGUGUCCUCUUUUAUUUUUAAUUGGUUGCAAAUUGUAUUGCAGAUUUACUUUGUAACAGAAUAGGAAUUUUUGGCAUGAAUAAAGUUUAGUCAUUUAUUGAUA